CGAAGAGACUUCUACGACCCUGGUCGUAAUCCAAAUCGGUUACUUACUUCCAUGGUUUUGAUUUCUUGUUUUAAUCGUCUCUCUGAAGUCUGAACAAGCUGACAAUAGAUUGUUUUCUGGAUUUUCUCCACUUUCGCGCUUUCUACUUUCGGCUGCAGUCUGUUUGGUAACCGGGAAAAUCAAAAUCGGGCCCCAACAAUUUUAGCCACAGAUCUGGGAAGCUUGGGUUAUUUGGAGGGAGUCUCAAUGCAUACCAGGUAUAUGGAAAGGACUAACAGUAUGGCUAGAGGGAAGAGGAGUUUGGAGGGAGAAGGGGAGCAGCAGCCUGAGCGGAAACGGCCUGCUCUGGCUAGUGUAAUUGUAGAAGCUCUCAAGGUGGACAGUCUGCAGAAGCUAUGCUCCUCUUUGGAACCUGUUCUUCGUAGAGUGGUGAGUGAGGAAGUGGAACGUGCGUUGGCGAGGUUGGGCCCCGCAAGACUCAAUGGAAGGUCUUCCCCAAAAAGGAUUGAAGGUCCAGAUGGCAGAAACUUGCAGCUGCACUUUAGGUCCAGGCUUUCCCUCCCUCUUUUCACAGGAGGAAAGGUUGAGGGGGAGCAGGGUGCUGCAAUCCAUGUUGUUUUGGUUGAUGCGAACACCGGCCAUGUUGUAACAUCUGGAUCUGAAGCCUCAGUUAAACUAGAUGUGGUGGUGCUUGAAGGUGAUUUCAACAAUGAAGAUGAAAGCUGGACGCAAGAAGAAUUUGAAAGCCAUGUGGUGAAAGAGCGUGAAGGGAAGAGACCAUUGUUAACUGGAGACUUACAAGUGACACUCAUGGAAGGGGUAGGAACACUCGGCGAUCUUACUUUUACGGAUAACUCAAGUUGGAUUAGGAGUAGAAAGUUCAGGCUUGGCUUGAAGGUUGCCUCUGGAUAUUGUGAUGGCAUACGCAUACGUGAGGCCAAGACUGAAGCUUUUACUGUUAAAGAUCACAGAGGGGAAUUGUACAAGAAACACUAUCCACCUGCACUGAACGAUGACGUAUGGAGGUUGGAAAAGAUUGGCAAGGACGGAUCAUUCCACAAGAGGCUAAACAAGGCAGGAAUUUUCACAGUUGAAGAUUUUUUGCGGCUUUUGGUUCGGGAUCUUCAAAAGUUACGAAAUAUUCUUGGAAGUGGUAUGUCAAAUAAGAUGUGGGAUGCUCUCUUAGAGCAUGCAAAGACAUGUGCCCUAAGUGGGAAGCUUUACGUUUACUAUCCCGAUGAUUCAAGAAAUGUUGGUGUUGCCUUUAACAACAUUUAUGAGUUGAGUGGCCUUAUCUCAGGGGAACAGUAUUAUCCAGCCGAUUCCCUUUUGGAGGAUCAGAAGGUUUAUGUGGAUGCAUUAGUUAAGAAGGCAUAUGAUAAUUGGAGCCAAGUUGUGGAGUAUGAUGGUAAGUCACUUUUGAACUUCAAGCAAAGCAAGAGGACUGGUACUCUACGAAAUGAGGUUCAAAUGGGUCAGAUAGAUUACUCUCAUGCUCUAGACCAUCAACUUCAACUACCAAGGCCAGCUGCAGUUCCAACUGAGCAGGCUUCCUCACAUUCAGUCCUACCUGUAGGAGCAUCAGCGUAUGGCGAUCUGGCAACAAGAUACUCAACCCAGCCUCAAGUUGUGAAUCCUAAUUCUCGUACACAGUUUGAUGGUAAUUCAUUCCCACAGCAUGACCAGCUGAUUAGUAAUUCUCACCAAUCACAAGGCAUUAGAAAUGAUAGCAGUGUUGUUGGGCUGGCCCUUGGUCCUCUACAAUCGUCCGCCCCUGCAUUCCCAACCAUUGGAUCCUCUCAACCAUCAAUGCUUAAUCCUUUUGGUGACUGGUCAAACAACCGGGACAAGGGAGUUGAGGACUUUUUUUCGGAGGAGGAGAUUCGUAUGCGAAGUCACGAGAUGCUUGAGAAUGAAGAUAUGCAACACUUGCUCCGUCUCUUCAGCAUGGGAGGCCAUAGUUCGAUAAAUGUGCCUGAAGAUGGCUUUGCAUUUCCAUCCUAUAUGCCAUCACCAAUGUCAAACUUCGAUGAUGAGGAUCGCGGCCGUCCUGGUAAAGCUGUUGUGGGGUGGCUGAAGAUAAAGGCGGCAAUGAGGUGGGGAUUCUUUAUCAGGAAGAAAGCAGCUGAGAGGCGGGCACAGAUUGUUGAAUUAGAAGAUGAAUAAUUGCUAUAGGGUUGUUAUCAUCAAUCCUAUAUUUGCACCAAAUCAUCUUAGCAUAACUUUACAAAAUGCUUCAUGAAUUCCAGCUAUGACCUGAGCUUUUGGGAAUGCUUGAAAUUAUUGGUUUUGGGAGUCUACAAAGCCUCGGGUGGUUCAGGAUUCAUAUUAGACAUUGGCAAUAUCUUGUACAGCUGCCUGUACAGUAAGUUUAUUCAGUUGCCUUGUUUAGCUAGAUGUUUCAUUCUGAUUACAAUUGCUUUGUGUAUGAUAUUUGUUUUUGGGCCGUAAGGGGUGAAUAUCCUUUUCAACCAAUGGCCCCUUCAGUGUUUGUCUUGACUGAUUAGGGGAACCUUUCUAAUCUCUUAAGUACGAUUUGCACAAUAUUAUAUUGAUUUCUUAUUUGUGUUAAGAAUGAACUCUAAUCUCUCCCUAGUUCUCUGGGAGUUUCAUCUUUCUGUUA